AUGCUGACUGGCCGUCAUGGGCUCAUCCUGAGAAAGCUCACUUGGACCGCUCGAGGUGUGCGGUAUGCGCAUGCGACGAAACAAGAGACGCAAUGGCCCGGCUGGGAAGUGGUCAUCGGCAUCGAAGUCCACGCUCAGCUACGCUCCCGUCACAAGCUGUUCUCAGACGCCUGCACGUCUGGGUACGAAGACGAGCCAAACACCCAUGUAUCUGCUUUCGACGCGGGUAUGCCCGGAACACUCCCGCGGUUGAACCCCAAAUGCGUCGAGCUGGCAGUACGGGCGGCUAUGGCGCUCAACGCGGAUGUCAGGCCUGUUUCACGCUUCGACAGGAAACACUACUUCUACUCCGACUUGCCAACAGGAUACCAGAUCACGCAGCGCUAUAGUCCCAUCGCGAAAGAUGGCCAGCUUAUGCUCUCUCAAUCCGGUGUCCCUGUUCGCAUAGAACAGAUCCAAUUAGAGCAGGAUACGGCGAAGACAACUUUUGACACCAGACGACGGAUGUCCUCCAUUGACUUAAAUCGAGCGGGGACGGGGCUCAUGGAGAUAGUCUCGAAGCCAGAUAUGAGGUCGCCUGAAGAAGCCGCGGACUAUGUUCGUACACUGCAAACUCUACUUCGUGCGGUGGGCGCCAGCGACGGGAAUAUGGAGCAAGGCUCUCUACGCUGCGACGUCAACGUCUCUGUGAACCGCCCCGGAGAUGCACCCGGUACGCGUUGUGAGAUCAAGAACUUGAAUAGUGUCCGCUUCAUGAUGGUGGCUAUCUCCUCAGAAGUAUUUCGGCACAUAGCUCUCCUGGAGGGCGGGACAGCAGUGGCACAAGAAACACGGGGGUUCCACGAAGAUCGGCACGAGACUUUCAAGCUUCGAAGCAAGGAAGACUCUCCCGAUUAUCGCUACAUGCCCGAUCCCAAUAUUCCACCUCUCACCUUGACGGAGGGCUAUCUGACGUCGAUUCGCGCAAAGAUGCCUGAAUUACCAUCCGAGACUCGAGAGCGGCUCUUGAACCUGGGCUUGAGCGAACGGGAUGCAGGCGUACUUCUUUCUGUGGACUCCGGGCGCGACGUGGGCGUGGACGGGUCACUGGAACAAGGGGUCGUCGCUUACUUUGACCAGCUCUCCCGUGACCACGAUCCGAAGACUGUUGUGAACUGGCUUACACACGAACUCCUUGGCCAGCUCACGCUACGCGGGAAGACCUUCAGCGACAACACGGUUUCCGCAUCGCAGAUGGGCGAAAUCAUCAAGCUAGUUCAGCAGGGCAACUUGACUGGCAACGCUGGGAAGACCCUGCUUCGCCACAUGCUCGAUCAUCCUUCGGCAGCAUCGGCGAUGGAACUUGCGCAGUCUCUAUCGCUCAUCGUCCUGGAAGAUGACUCGCUAGAACAGCUUUGUCGCGAUGUUCUAGCCGCGAUGCCCAAUGAAUCGCAGGCGGUCCGCAAUGGCAAGAUGAACGUCCUCAAUAAGAUUCUAGGCAGAGUCAUGAAACAGAGUCGCGGCACAGCAAAUGCUCAACUGGCGAAGAGAGUCUUACAAGAUAUACUACGAGCUUAG